AUGGAAAGAGCGCAAGAAGAGAUGCAAUUUCUGGGGUUCUUUGGCAUAUUCAAGGAAUCCUAUAAACUUAUCUUUUCAGGGAGAAAAAUCUUCAGCAACAUCACUUUAGCCCUAAUCCUUCCUCUAUCUUUCGUCUACCUCGUUUAUGCUCACGUUUACAGUUUCUUCGUAAGCAAAUUCACUGCUGCCGACUACGACAUACCAUCCCAACUUAUCUCCUACGAUUGGCUUUACUUUUGGCUUUUCAACGCUGCCUACUUCAUUUUGUUUUCCAUCUUCUCGCUUUUUUCAACUGCCGCAGUCGUCUACACCAUCGCCUGCAUAUAUACAGCUCGGGAACUGGCGUUCAAGGAAGUCAUGAGCGUUGUUCCCAAGAUUUUGAAGAGGUUGAUCGUCACUUUCUUCAGCAUUUUCGUUGCAAUCUUUUUCUACCUGGUCGCAACUGUGGUUGUCUUGAUUGUUUGGGCAAUUUCAGUGGGAUCAAUACCCACUGUGGGUCUUACAGUGUUAGCCAUUUUAGUGAUUUUGUUCAUCGUGGGAUUCUUGUAUUUGACCACGAUCUGGCACUUGGCUAGCUCCAUAUCUGUUUUAGAAGAAGCGUAUGGGUUCCCAGCCAUGGUGAAGAGCAAGAACCUGAUCAAAGGGAAGCUGUGGUUGGGGAUAUCCAUAUUUUUUAUCCUUAACCUGGCGAUGGGGUUCAACCAGAUCGCAUUCAAAAGGUUGGUGGUAGAAGGAACCAACAUAGGAAUGGGUGAGAAGAUUGUUUAUGGAAUCAUCUUUUUCUUGUUGCUUUCCACGAUGAUUCUGUUCGGAUUAGUGAUCCAGACAGUGAUUUACUUCGUCUGCAAAUCUUACCACCAUGAAAACAUAGACAAAGCCGCCUUGUCGGAUCACCUGCAACUUUAUCUGCUGGGAGAAUAUACUCCUUCCAAGGCCAAGGAUUGUCAGCUUCAAGUCAAUCAAUACAAGUAA